CGCACUGCUGCUUCUCCGCGUCGAUCGACCGACCGAAAAAUCGAUUACACCGUCGGCAAGAGUUUUGAGUAGUGAAACAAUGGAUGAUGAUCGACUCAGUGAGUUACCUGACUCGUUAAUCCUCUCCAUUCUUUCGUUGUUAAAUAUGAAAGACGUGGUUAUGACAACCUUUCUCUCCAAAGGAUGGAAAAAUCGAUGGACCACUGUCCCCAGCCUUGAUUUUGGCAUUCCUUUCACCCGUAAUAAGUGGGUUGAAUAUUCAAAGUUUGUUUCUGGGGCUCUUGCACAAUGGAAAGGUACCAAGAUUCUGGACUUCACCAUAUACUUCUCCUCCUCCUCUUAUUAUCCUUCAUCUUGUGAUAUUGAUUCGUGGCUGCUUUUGGCGAUCGAAAAACAAGUGGAAAAGCUAAUUGUAGUUUUCAAAUGUAAACCGCCUGGUGCAUACUUUGUUCCACAGUGUUUGUAUUCAUGCUCAUCAAUUACAGAAUUAUCCCUAUACAAGUGUUCGUUGAAAAUCGAGAGGAAUGUGCAGUGGAAUAAACUCAAGAGAUUAGAAUUUUUAUAUCCGGAUGGAUUGAGUGGCGAUACCAUGAACCAAAUUCUUCUUGGUGCUCCUCUGUUGGAAGAGUUGGUUUUGUGGAGUUUUGAAAUUAGUGAAAACUUCAAUAUCCGAUCUACUAGCUUGAAGAUUCUCGAGAUCAUCGGGUGUGAUGUAAAAGCAGAGGCAGAGCUGAGAAUUUGGGCUCCUGAUGUUUUGAGUUUAGAAAUUUCAGGUGAUGUUUGUGGGAGUUGUUUGCUAUAUGUCCCUUCUUUGACUACUGCAACUCUUUGUUUUGACGACUUCUCAAUUACUCGUGAGGACAUGGCGCCUCUUGAAAUGUUCCAUCAAGUUUUUCGAAGCAUCCGCCAUGUUGAGAAUGUCUCGUUAUCAUAUUGGAGCUUUCAGUUUCUUGUUGACAUGAAGGUGAACGACACGCCUCUUCAAUUCAUGAAUGCUGAGUUUUUAGAACUAUGUGCUUCUAAAGACCACCAGAUGCUUGAUGUUCUUGCUGUUCUUGAGAUGUUUCCUAAGCUGAAGAUGUUAAUUGUUCAUCAAGACUUUCAGAAUGGUUGUGUGCCUAUCAAAGUGGCGUCUGAGAUGAUUUCCCGUAGUCCCUCUCUGUUGCAUCUACAGACAGUUGAGAUUAAUGUUUAUGAAAGUUAUCCCUCAAUAUCUACAUUUGUAAAAUUUUUGUUGGAAAACGCUCACGUGCUUCAAAAGAUGGUGCUUCGAACCAACGGGAAGGAAUAUGAUCAAGAGGCGACUAUUUUGGCUUUAAAGGAGCUCCUGGGAAUGCGGAGAUCUUCCACUUCUGUGAAACUCAUUAUAAACGAGGUCACAUUAUAAUUUAUCAUAUCUACUUCCAGAGGGAUAACUAUGUAGCAGUUGGAACAGGGCAUUUUGAACCAAGCUUGUUUUAAUCAGUGAUGUUAAUUUGGGCUAAUCCUAUCAAUUUAUCCAACUAUAUGAU